AUGGUAGAGUGUCCCACAGAUGUCACUGUAGAAGAUCUUCACCAUGAUCCCAGGAAUCAGCAGGAUGAGAACUCCGAGAUGUCGUACAUAAAACAGGUGGCAGAGCCAGAGAACCCCGACAUGAAAGAAGAAGACCAGGAAGUUGAAAUCCCCAAGUUUCCAAUGGGUGUCACCAUGAAGAGCGAAGAAGACCAAGGACCAAGCGAAGCGAGCGGAGCAGCGGACCCUUUGAGCGACAGCUCAUUUCAGCACUGUCCCACAGAUGUCAGUGUAGAGGAUCUUCACCAUGAGAAGCACGAUCCCCUCCACGUUAAGCAGCAAGAGGACUCCAAGAUGCCGUACAUAAAACAGGAGGCAGAGCCAGAGACCCCCGACAUGAAAGAAGAAGACCAGGAAGUUGAAAUCCCCAAGUUUCCAAUGGGUGUCGGUGUGAAGAGCGAAGAAGACGAAGGACCAAGCGAAGAGAGCGGAGCAGCGGACCCUUUGAGUGACAGCUCAUUUCAGCAUUGUCCCACAGAUGUCAGUGUAGAGGAUCUUCACCAUGAGAAGCACGAUCCCCUCCACGUUAAGCAGCAAGAGGACUCAGAGAUGCCGUACAUGAAACAGGAAGCAGAGCCAGAGACCCCCGACAUGAAAGAAGAAGACCAGGAAGUUGGAAUCCCCAAAUUUCCAAUGGGUGUCGGCGUGAAGAGCGAAGAAGACGAACCAAGCGAAGAGAGCGGCGCAGCGAACCCUUUGAGCGACAGCUCAUUUCAGCACCUGACAACAAAAGGAGAUCAACCGGACAGCCUCUCAGCUCCGCUUUCGGACAGCGACGACAUAACGUCGCAUUCUUCUGACUUUAAUAAUGAUGAAGAGGAGGAUGACUUUGACCAAAAUGCUUCAAAAUCUUCAAACAAGUCAUCAUUAAAAAAGGACACAAAGGAAUGCGUGGUUGGGAAACCAUUCACCUGCACACUUUGUGGUAAAAGAUUUUCUCGGAGUUUUACUUUAAAUAGACAUAAGCCCAUACACACUGGAGAGAAGCCUUUUGCCUGCACACUUUGCGAUAAAAGAUUCAUCGAUAAGGAACGUUUAAACAAACACACAAGAACACACACUGGAGAGAAGCCUUUUGUCUGCUCACUUUGUGGUAACAGAUUCACUGAGAAGACUAAUUUAGAAAGGCAUAAGCGUACACACACUGGAGAAAAGCCUUUCGCCUGCACACUUUGCGAUAAAAGAUAUUUUUGGAAGAUUCAUUUAGAAAGACAUAAGCCCACACACACUGGAGAGAAGCCUUUUGCCUGCACACAUUGCUGUAAAAGAUUCACCGAGAAGGGAGUUUUAAAGAGACACACAAGAACACACACCAAAGAGAAGCCUUAUGCCUGCACACUUUGUGUUAAAAGAUUCAUCGAGAAGACUGAUUUAGAAAGGCAUAGGCGUACACACACUGGAGAAAAGCCUUUUUCCUGCACACUUUGCGGUAAAAGAUUCUUCGAUAAGAAAGGUUUAAACAGACACACAAGCGGACACACUGAAGAGAAGCCUUUCGCCUGCAAACAUUGUGGUAAAAGAUUCUCUCAGAAGACUUAUUUAGAAAGGCAUGACCGUACACACACUGGAGAAAAGCCUUAUGCCUGCACACUUUGCAGUAAAAGAUUCACCGAGAAGAGACUUUUAAACAAACACACAAGAACACACACUGGAGAGAAGCCUUAUGCCUGCACACUUUGUGGUAAAAAAUACUCCACAAAGGAAUAUAUAAACAUUCACAUGAGAACACACACUGGAGAGAAGCCUUAUGCCUGCACACUUUGUGAUAAAAAAUACUUCGCAAAGGAAAAUUUAAACAUUCACAUGAGAACACACACUGGAGAAAAGCCUUUUGCAUGCUCACUUUGUGGUAAACGAUUCGCUCAGAAAGGACAUUUAGUAAUGCACGCAAGAAGCCACACUGAGUAA